AAUUCUAAUACGGAAUAAGAACAAGAGCAUCCAACAACUUCCCACUUUGAAAACAGAGGAAAUCUGUUUCUUCCAUUCUCAGAACAGAGCACAUUCUAUAUUCAUAUUCACUCUGUCUCACCCAACCUCACUCUAUUCCCAUGCUUUCAAGUUUUAAGAUUGCUGCAGUGUUUUUUGUAGCUGCAGUUUCUCAAUUCUUUUCUUCCAACGAUAUGGUCCUUCCUGCUGAAAUCAGCAAAUUUGCAGUGCCUUUUGAGUGAGAAAACCUGUUAAUUCAAUCUCUUCCUCGAAAUAUUCCCGGAUUGUGCUUUGAAAUUUGUCACACAUGGGUUCACUCAAAUCCUACAACCUUAAAGCAGAGAAGGCCAAGGCAAUCCAUAAACAUCGCCAGCGUCAAAAGCUUGCGAGCUUUUUACGGUUUGCUGAAGUGUGUGCUGCACUAGUCUUGAUUUCAAAGCUCUCUGUUCAGAUUUCUAUUGCAGUCAAGAACUCGAGCGUGUAUUUUCAAGAUGUUUCGGUCUUCGUAGUCGACCAUCGCUUUGCCUUUCUGAUUGGAAAUGUCAUAAUCAUCGCUCUCUUCACCCUCUCGGGUCAUUUCUCAGCUCCGAACUCUGAAUCAAAAGGUUCAGAACCUGAUUUUUACCAGGAGUUCAUCCAGAACAGCACGAGGAGCCUCGAGAAACAGAGUAUAAAAACGGAGUAUGGCAUAAAGAGCCCAGAAAUUUAUGAAGAUCGACCCAAUAAUUUCCCAGAAAAUCAGAUAAUAAACACAGGGAGACUCGAAGGGAAUCAGAUCAAAUACCGAGAAAAUCAGAGCCCCAAGAAUAUCAUCGGAACAGAGAACAAUAAGAACAAGAAAACAGAGGACACCACUAACAGGAGCAUGGAAGUUACAGUUUACAGAAGGUGUCGGAGUGCGAAUUUAAGCUGUGCGAUGGAGAGUGAGAAAUCGAAGCCUGUGCUUCGAAGAUCAGAGACAGAGAAUAGCAGGAAAAAGGGUUCGUAUCCAGAGGAUGGUAUGAGCAAUGAGGAGUUUCGUCGCACUAUAGAGGCUUUCAUUGCAAGACAACAGAGGCUGCGAAUGGAAGAAGAGUCUUCCAUGGUUUAAAACCUGAAAGCUCACUUGUUCAAACUGUGAAUCGCCACUGUGUAUACUGCUUACUGUAAUUGGGAUGAAGUUGCUUGUGAUUUUCUUUCUGGGUUUUUCACUAUAUAAAUAUGAUAUAGAUGUAAUAGAAAUGAACGAGAUAAUAAAAUUAGUUUAUGGAUCGAA